CCUCUCGGAAUUGUGCUGUCGGUAUUCGAGAGCCGACAGUUGGGCCAUCUCUGCCAGAUGGACUCGACCACCACUGAAAAGACCGGCACUGUGCUGAUCUUCCCUCUCUCCCGACUUCCAGCGUGCAAUUGCCUCUUGCUUUUCCGCAGCAGAGAAACUCCCUUGUAAUUUAUCCGCGUGGGCUUCCAGCAGUUAGGUGAUUGGGACACCUCCAGACAGGGCCUGGCGUUUGAAGGUUGUUCUUUCUGAACCAGGAUAAAAUAAACCCCAGCCAUUAAGUUUUCAGAAGGGGUAAUGUUAUGAAUUAGCUCUGUUGCCUUUUUUUUUUCUUUUAUUACUUGCUGUUUAUUUUAUAUUUGCCCUAUAAAACCGCUUAGAAGCUCUGCAAAGAGAUGAAAUCUUGGCUUUUUCACAGAGGACGGUUCUGAGAUGUAACGCAGCCUUUUCGCUUGAUCAGAAGCGAAAGGAAUCGAGCACGUGGACUGACUGAAAGGACAAUAACGAUCCCUUCCCCUUUAACAGCAGGAUGCGAGUGAUGGUAUUGCCUCUGAUCUGACUUGACUUCACAGCUGGUUCAUCCAGCAAGCAUCGUGCCCCAGAGGAGCAAGAAUAUUAUAUAACCUGUUCUGCCAGCAGAGACUUCUCUCCAGUGAGGCCGGACUCUGCAUUGGUUCUGAAAGGGGAAUUACAGAACAAUAGUUGGCCUCCCUUCUAUGCCCAGGAAAAAAAUAAGUCCCCAGGGGAAUGGGAGAAAAAAAAAAAAAAAAAAAAAAAAAAAAAAACCCCAAGCAGAAAAUCAAAGUGCAGCAAACGUCAACUCAUCCAGGCAGCUCCCGCCACCGAGAGAGGAGCUUUUCACUUCGUGUUUGUGCACAGAGGCAUCUGUUUGUGCCGGGUCUCCUGGACGCUCCCAGGGGAGUGUGGUGGCACCGGCCAGCACAUAAAUAAAGUUCUGCUCCCCCCCCGCCCCGCAAGAAUGCUUCAGCCGCAGAGUCUCCUCCCGGUCUGCAGCCAGCGGUGGCUUUGGCCAGUGGCUCAGCAGACAGUCUGAAAGUGCCGCCGAUUGCCAAGGCCGGGGGUAUGCACAGUUCACGUUGCCCGGAGCCUCCCUGGGAAGGCGGCAUUGUCUGCUGCGAGGAUCCAGGAAGGGAAGGAGGGGAGCGAGAGCCAGAAUUCCUGGGCUCUUCACCCGGCAAUAAACCUCACGCAGUCUCGGAUGAAUCACUUCCAUGCUGCUGCUCCUCGUUAAUCCCCGCUUGCAAGGCCGUACCUGGCUCCGUCGAAGGCGGUGCGGAAGAGGAGCCGUCCUCUCCGGGUGCGUGGCCUGGCUUCUCGGGGGCUGUGUGUCCGCCGUUCCCGGGGCAGCGGGUCUCCCUAGGACCGUCUUGCCGCCUCCGCUCUCCAGCGUUCACGCGUCCUCCUCUCCUGGUAAGCGACCCAAAGCCUUCCCGCUCGCCCACCGGGACGGAUCGUCCCUGCCUCAGCCGAUGGGAGAGUUUGUUUGGAGCCCCCCGGGUCUUGAAGGUCAAAUCCUCUGGAUGGUUUGGUACCCGGGACGGUACCAAGGUUUGUUUUCUCAAUUUCCCUCGGCUGGUACGCUGCGGCUGUCGGCGUGCGCCCUGGACCGUGGGUGAGCGUUCACGCUCUCACAAAGAGCUGAACGAGCCCCAGGGGUCGAUUCAGCACCAGAUCUGGAAGCUGCUGGGAUUUCUGUGUGGUUGUGCUCCGUUCUCACGCCUGUCUCCACAAGGCAGCUUGGACUCUGCAAUCUCCUACCCUCCGGGCAGCAGCAGAGUCUCCUUUGUGUAUAUAAAGUUCAGUUCCUCCAGCCCCCACAGUUCUCCUCUUAAGGGAUUGGGAAGAGCCUCCUGCUUUAAAUGGAAGAAAUAAGAAUCUGAUAUUUGAAGGGAUUCUGUAAAUAUUUUGUUUAAGCCUGUGGGCUCGGUGCACGGCCAUGUGGGUGACCUGGAUUCGACCGUACUCCAUCAUCCUCCUCCUCCGGCCUGCCAGGACCAGAGCUACGGGAGCAGCAAACUCUAUCAAGGUGGAGAUGUACAGCGAUGAGGAAGCCAGCCGGCUGCUGUCACAGGACGACCGGAUGCUCGAAAAGGAGGACAGCGUAAUCGUGGAGGACUCGCUCUCGGAGCCCCUGGGCUACUGCGACGGGACGGGCCAGGAGCCGCACUCCCCUGGGGGCAUUCGGCUGCCCAACGGCAAGCUGAAAUGUGACAUCUGCGGGAUGGUGUGCAUCGGCCCCAACGUGCUGAUGGUGCACAAGCGCAGCCACACCGGAGAAAGGCCGUUCCACUGCAACCAGUGCGGAGCCUCCUUCACCCAGAAGGGAAACCUCCUGCGUCACAUCAAACUGCACUCUGGGGAGAAGCCCUUCAAAUGUCCCUUCUGCAACUACGCUUGCCGCAGGAGGGAUGCGCUCACCGGCCACCUGCGAACACACUCCGUCUCCUCCCCCACGGUCGGCAAACCCUACAAGUGCAACUACUGCGGCCGGAGCUACAAGCAGCAGAGCACGCUGGAGGAGCACAAGGAGCGGUGCCACAACUACCUGCAGAGUCUGAACACUGAACCGCAGUCGCUGGCCGGCCAGCAAGGUGACGAGAUGCGAGACCUGGAGAUAGUGCCGGAUUCUCUGCUUCACCCCUCGUCCGAUCGGCCGACGUUUAUUGACCGGCUGGCGAACAGCCUCACCAAACGGAAACGAUCGACACCUCAGAAAUUCGUGGGGGAGAAGCAGAUGCGAUUCACCCUCUCGGACCUCCCCUUCGACGUGAACUCCGGCUUCGAGAAGGACGUGGAGAUGGUCUCGGCCCACCACCCCCUCGACCCCUCCUACGGCAGCUCCCUGUCCCUGAUGGGGGGGGAACAUCUUCGCCCCCUCCGGCUCCCCCCUACAAACUGCAUCUCGGAAGUCACCCCCGUCAUCAGCUCCGUCUACACCCAGAUCCAGCCCCUGCCGGGCCGGCUGGAGAUGCCGGGGAGCCGGGAAGCCGCCGAGGGGCACGAGGACGUGCCGGACGGGGUGCAGGUGGUGUACCGGGGCCGGGACCAGGGCGUAUCGCCCACCAACGGCUGCCAGGACUCGACGGACACGGAGAGCAACCACGAAGAACGAAGCUCGCAGCUGCCGGCGGGAAACUGCGCCAGCAGCCGCCAGAGCCCAGCCUACGCCAAAGAGGACCCCAAACUGCCGGAGGGACCCCCGGCCGCCCGCUCCACCCCCAGCUCCGCCAAAGAAGCCCUGCGGGUGGUCAACGAGGACGGGGAGCAGAUCAGGGCCUUCAAGUGCGAGCACUGCCGCAUCCUUUUCCUGGACCACGUCAUGUUCACCAUCCACAUGGGCUGCCACGGCUUCAGAGACCCUUUCGAAUGCAACAUCUGUGGGUACCACAGCCAGGACCGGUACGAGUUCUCCUCCCACAUAGUGCGGGGCGAGCAUAAAGUCGGCUAAAAAAUCCUCUCCCCCCCCUCCCGCCCCAUCCCUCCACUCCUUGUGCCCCCCCCCCAGCCCGCCCUCGACUCUUCCUCUGUCUCUAGCUCAGCCCCUCCACCCUUAGGGCAUGGAACUGUUGGUUUUUCUUUUAUACUCCUUUGCACUGACUUUGGCUACAAAAAUAUUUAAAAAAAAAAAAAACCAACCCCGACGAGGGGGAGCUCUUAACAAUUUGCCUUUUUAUAAAUGGAGUUAUUUAAAUAUUAACGGACUUUUUUGUGCUUUCCCCCCCCACCUCUCUCACCUCCCUCCGUUAUUUAUUGAGCUUCUUAGUUUCUCUUUUUAUAACUCUCUUGUUGGUUUUGGUUUUUUCCCUCCCCGUAAAGUCUCACUUGAAUUUUUGAGACUCGUUCUCCUCCCUCCUCUUCCUCUCCCGCCCCGGUCCCGGUCGGCUCCCCGGCACGGCACGGUGCCACGCGCCAGCCUGGAGCUCCGAGCAUUGCCCGUCCCCGCUCUGGGACGAGGCAAACCUCAGAUUAGGUGCUAAAAAACCCCCGGGACACCCCCACACCCCCCCCAGCCUGGCGGGGGGGGGGGCCGCUGCGCCCCGAGCUUUAAUGAGUUUAAAUACAGGGAGCAUAAAGCAGGGACCCCCCCUUCUCCCCGCGGGGCCAGGCCGGUGCUGCCGGGGUUUGCCCGGCGGUUCCUUCCCGCGGCGUUUGAGCCCCCCCCCGUAGGCCUGGCACCGCACGGGGGGGGGCGAUGGGGGGGGGGUCCUCCAUCGCUCCGCUUAAACGAAGGAAAGGUAAGGCCAGGAAGAUGGCGAGCGUCCGGGUGACGGCUCCGUUCUGCUGGCUGGGAUCUCCUCCUCCUCCUCCUCUUCCUCAGCACAGGCCAGUAUCUCCAGCCCGCUCUGCUGCAGGGGUUGCUCCCCCCCCCCGGCCCCCCCCGCUGCCCCCAAAGCCCCCGGCAUUCCCAGGGGGUCGGCGGGGUGUUGUCCCCCCCCCCCGCUCCGGUGUCAUUCCUGUUCCCGCUCGACGGAGGAGUCGGGGUGCGGUGGCACCCUCGACGCCAGAGCUUUGCCCUCGGUCCCGCCAGCAGCCCCCCCAGCGGGACCCCCGCGCUCCCCUGGCUUUGGGGGGGGGGGGGUGUCCGAAAGAGGGGUGGGAGGUUGGGGGGUGUCGUCUGCUGCAUCCGGCCGCUGCCUGCUGCACCCCUCUUCCCGGGGCCGGGCUCUGGGGGCAGAUUGCCGGGAGCCGCCUGGUUUUUGGGGGUGAGACCCCGAGGGAGGGGGGGGGGGGGUCCGGAACGGGGCACACACACACACACCCCCCCCGGGACAGGGUCCCCCCAACCAAAAGGGAUUUAGCGGGGCCGGGGGCAGGCGGCCGAUAACCAAAAAUAAAGCGCGAGCCCUGGCAGGAGCCGGCCGCCUCCUCGGUGCUCCCCGGGCCCCUCCGGCCGCAGCCCCCCCCACACCCGGGGGGGUCCCGCUGCCCCCCCCCCCCAGGCCCAGGCGGCAUCAAACGCCCCGCAGCCGCGCUGGGGCUCUCCUGAGGAUGAAACCAAAGGCUGUUCCUUUUUCUACGGACACAAACACAACCACCUCACGCGGCGGCAACUCCCGUUGCCCCUGUUUCCCGUUUUUCUUUUAAUAUUAUUAAUUUUACUUUAUUUGGGGUGUUGUUUUUUUGUUUUUUUUGUUUUUUUUCCCUCCUUUCUGGCUUUUCUGGGGACGGUGUCUGCGUGGGUGUCGGUGCGGGGCACAGCUCGCUCCCAACCGGAGCUCCCCCUCACGGCCCACUCCCCCCCAAGCACCAAAACAAACCCAAAAAAGGGUUUUUUCAAACCGAAAUGGAAGCUCUGCAGUUUUCUGACCGCUCUUGGGGUUUUGGUUUGGGGUUUGGGGUUUUUUUUUCGUUUUUUUUUUUUUCUUUCCUUCUCUUUUCUUUUUCCUGUAAAAGAGUCUAAAACAAAAAUGUAGGAAUUUUGUAAAACUCCAGGUCGCUUUACUCGUGUAAAUAUCUAUAUUUUUUAAUCAGAUGUAUGAAGAACAAACGAUGAUGUGCAAUACCCCGGCCCCCCGCCCCCCUCCCCGGCUACGGCCCCUCCUUCCUUUCUAAUGAGUUUUCAUUUGUAUAUCGUUAAUGGAUUUGCUGUCGUCUUUGGUUUUUUCCCUUUUUUGUGAGGUUAGACUCGCUUUUGGACAAAAAACACCCCCU